UCUCUCUCUGUCUUACACACACGGACACACACAAUGCUUCACUUAUGGACUUAUAUUUAUAUAUCUACUCGGCAAGGGCAAGGUACAACAAGAGUAUUAUUUUCAUUCCACCUCCGGCGCACUUUAGCUGAGUUUCGACGCCACUAACAAACAGCACCUCCCCCACCUGUGUUAUCUCCGCAUCUCAUGCUCCGCCUAUAACUAACAUGCGCGGCUGAGUCAAUCAAUCCUUAUCCUACGCACAUCCCCCAUUCUCUCCCUUUAUCUUUCCUCUCAUAUCAAUGGCACAGCCUCCUCAAAUGGACCCAUUUGCCCAAAACCUUCGAGACCAGGACGCCGGAGCUGCCUUCGUCCUCCAAUCAAAAGGGGAAUGGUGGCAUGCGGGGUUUCAUUUGACGACGGCGAUAGUUGGGCCCACGAUACUAACGUUGCCAUAUGCGUUCAGUGGAUUAGGAUGGGUCCUAGGGUUCUUUUGUUUAACGGCGAUGGCCAUCGUGACCUUCUAUUCCUAUUACUUGAUGUCUGAGGUGCUGGAACACUGUGAGAAAGCUGGUCGCCGCCACAUCAGAUUCCGUGAACUCGCCGCUGACGUCUUAGGGUCGGGAUGGAUGUUUUAUUUUGUAAUAUUAAUCCAAACGGCUAUCAACACUGGAAUUGGAAUAGGUGCAAUUUUGCUGGCAGGGCAAUGCCUUGAGAUCCUGUAUUCGAAUCUUUCCCCCAAUGGGCCCUUGAAGUUGUACCACUUCAUAGCAAUGGUGACACUUGUAAUGAUAAUUCUCUCUCAGUUUCCUACCUUUCAUUCUCUCAGACACAUCAACUUUGGUUCGCUGCUUCUCAGCUUGGGCUACACUUUCCUUGUCGUUGGCGCUUGUAUACAUGCAGGUACCUCAAAAAAUGCCCCUCCAAGGGACUACUCUUUAGAAUCUAAAAUGAAAACAAGGGUUUUCAGUGCCUUUACAUCUAUAUCUAUAUUUGCUUCCAUUUUUGGAAAUGGGAUACUACCUGAAAUACAAGCAACUCUUGCUCCACCUGCCACUGGGAAGAUGGUAAAAGGGCUUCAAAUGUGUUACGCCGUAAUUUUUGUUACCUUCUACUCGGCUGCAGUGUCUGGAUAUUGGGUGUUCGGAAACAAAGCUAAUUCAAAUAUUCUCAAUAGCUUAUUCCCGGAUGAAAGUCCUUCUUUGGCUCCAACAUGGGUUAUUGGCCUUGCUGUGAUCUUUGUUCUCCUGCAGCUCUUUGCCAUUGGUCUGGUUUAUUCUCAAGUUGCUUAUGAGAUCAUGGAAAAAAAAUCAGCUGAUGUAAAACAAGGGAUGUUUUCUAAAAGGAACCUUAUUCCUCGGAUAAUUCUUCGGACGCUGUAUGUGAUAUUCUGCGGAUUUUUUGCAGCAAUGCUUCCAUUCUUUGGAGACAUUAAUGCUGUGGUAGGAGCAACUGGCUUCAUCCCUCUGGAUUUCGUCCUCCCAAUGCUUCUCUACAACAUGACUUUCAAGCCUCCAAAAUCAUCUUUCACCUAUUGGAUCAAUAUGUCUAUUAUUGUUGUCUUCACAGGUGCAGGACUCAUGGGCUCGUUCUCUUCAGUAAGGCAAUUGAUUCUUGAUGCCAACAAAUUUAAGCUCUUUAGCAGUAAUGUGGUUGGGUAAGUUCAAAAUGAAUUACACAGCAAUCUUGCUCUCAAUUUGGGUUAUUCACCACUUGGAAAGGUGAAUCUGUAUCGUUGUGCUCUUCGAAGUAAUUGAAAUACGAGUUUCCAUACCG